AUGUUGGUGCGGCAGCCAGCGGUCGCACCGAUACUAGCAAUCCAGGGUGUCCGAACGAAGAGAAUGACAUAUAUAGGCACGUCAACCACAUCGACCGCGUUUGCAGCAGAGUUGAAAAGAAUCGACUUGCCAUUCCAGAUCGCCGCCGAAGUGCACUCGAAAACCAACACCGCUGGGAAAUGUUGUGUCUUCACUGACAACCAAGGCGCAAUCCAAGCGAUGGCCGAUCCCAAGUACUCCUCUGGUCAAUACAUCCUAGCCGAUGCUAUCCAAGCAAUGGACAAGCUGCGUGACCAGGGAUGGGGAAUUCAGCCCCAGGGGAUUAUCCACCGGCACACGUCGGAGUGGCCCAUUCCCAAGAAUCAACAUGAACCAAAUCACCUACCUCUUGAUGACGGCGCCGUGCAGGGUCGCGAGGAAUUGUUUUCGAUUGCACGCAACACAGAUCCGACACAUCGCCCCUCGACCUUGCCUCGAUCUGUUUGUCGGUGA